AUGGAAGUGCUUCUCGGGAAGGAUGUCACUCCAACCGUUGGCCAGCGUGUAAAAAUGGCAUCGCAGUUCAAAGACAAGGGCCAAGGGACUGUGAUUGCUGUACAUGCCAAUGGUGGAUAUUGCUCUGUGAGGUGGGACAACGGGCAGGAGGAGAAAGUCGUCUUCACUGGUCAGAGGGGUGAUUACUUCCUUGUAUUAGACGGAGACAGUGGUCCGAUGUCGACCCAGGACACGGGGGAUGAUAGUGCAUCUUCCGCAAACUUGCACAAGCAGCUGCUUGCCCAGGAGGUCGUGAAGGCCCUUAGACAGGCUCAGAUUGAGAUCGCUCGCCUGGAGGCACAAAAAGCUGAGGUCAUCGCCCAGGCCAAUGCACAGAAAGCGGUCCUGGCGAAAGAGGUCAAGAGCCUUCGAGCGGAACUUGAGAGGUUGGGUCCGAAUAGGAAUGGAGCGAUGAGUGGGGACAAUGUUCCGACAGAAGACCUCGUUGACUCCCUCCAGCGAAGAAAAGAAUUUGAAGAGAAUUUCACCCGAACACUGCGAGACCUGCGCAAGGAGCUGGAGAACACGUCUAUCAAGAGCCUGAGCUCCAAGGGACAGGUCUCCCUCGGCAUCCGAUCGCUGCUCCAGCUCAGCAACGAGCGAAUUGAAAAAGUAAUGGAAGAGGCAGCUCAGGUCCCAGUUGAGGAGAGGCUACACAUCGAAUCUCUCCGCCUUCUCAUGGAGAAUGCAAAACUGCGCAAGUGUCUGAACGAGUAUUCCGAAGGACUCCUUCAGCACACCCUGGUCAAGGCGGAUCAAGUGAAUGGGCAGACCACAAGGAACAGCUCCUCUUUCUUCGGGUUGAUUUGA